AUGCUCAUAAAGGAAUUUCGAGUGAUUCUUCCAAUCUCUGUGGAAGAGUACCAGGUCGGCCAGCUGUACUCUGUGGCUGAGGCCAGUAAGAAUGAGACGGGCGGAGGGGAAGGAGUGGAGGUGCUUAAAAAUGAGCCCUAUGAGAAAGAUGGAGAGAAGGGACAGUACACACACAAAAUUUACCAUUUGCAGAGUAAAGUGCCGUCAUUCGUCAGAAUGUUGGCUCCAGCUUCAGCUCUCAACAUCCACGAGAAAGCCUGGAACGCAUACCCAUACUGUCGCACAGUUAUCACUAACGAGUACAUGAAAGACAACUUCCUGAUCAAGAUUGAGACAUGGCACAAACCUGACACGGGACACCUUGAAAAUGUACACGGUUUGGAUGCAGAAACCUGGAAGAAGGUGGAUGUAGUCUAUAUCGAUAUUGCGGACAGGAGCCAAGUGGAGCCGAAGGACUACAAGCCAGAGGAAGAUCCUUGCAAGUACAAGUCAGUGAAGACGGGCCGAGGCCCACUAGGACCAGACUGGAAGAAGGAGCUUCCUAACAAGAAAGACUGCCCACACAUGUGUGCCUACAAACUGGUCACUGUCAAAUUCAAGUGGUGGGGGCUGCAAAAUAAAGUGGAGAACUUCAUUCAAAAGCAAGAGAAGCGCUUGUUCACUAAUUUCCACCGUCAGCUGUUCUGCUGGAUUGACAAGUGGAUUGACUUGAACAUGGAAGACAUUCGUCGCAUGGAGGAGGAGACACGCAAGGAGCUAGAUGAGAUGAGAGUGAAGGACCCAGUGAAAGGGAUGGUGGCUCUAGAGGACUGAGGGUGUGUCGGACCGUGAAUGCUGCUGCUCAUCAGACCAGAAUACCCAGACACCAGCGGAUUCACAUCCUCCCUCUACUCCUGACACAACGUCUGACCGGCCGGUCCGAAC